AUGCCUCACGCAGAUGGCCCCAAGCUGCUGCUCACAGGAGCCACAGGCUACGUGGGCGGCACGGUGCUGCACCACCUCAUAAACUCGCCCAACCCAGGCCUCAAAGACGUGACCAUCUCGCUGCUCGUGCGGGGAGAGGACCGCGCCCAGAUGCUCGAGGAGACAUAUGGCAAGCGGGUCGAGUGCAUCCUCUUCAACGACCUCGACGACACAGACCUGGUCCGGUCCGUGGCCAGCCAGCACGACAUCAUCGUCAACGCCGCCUCGGGCUUCCACCCGUCCAGCGCUGAGGCCAUGGUGCGCGGCCUCGCGGAGCGCAAGAAGGCCAAGGAGGAAGCAGUAGCAGCGGCGGCGGCGGCGGCGGCAGGCGGCGGCCAGGCCUCGGCGACGGUGUGGAUGAUCCACACGAGCGGCUGCUCCAACAUCUCGGACAGCCCCAUCACGGGCGAGCCGUUCCCGGACCGCGAGUGGCGCGACGCCGAGGCCGGCGCGGUCUACGAGUUCGAGCGCGCCGAGAACGCGCGCGCGUGGGCGCCGCAGCGCGCCGCCGAGCUCGCCGUCCUGGCCGCGGGCGAGGAGCUCGGCGUCGGCGCCACGAGCCUCCAGGCGCCGCUGCUCUUCGGCGGCGGCGAGGGCCUCUUCCGCCGCGCCGGCGUCCUCGUGCCGCUCAUGACGGCCUACGUCCUCCGCCGCGGCCACGGCUUCUGCCUCGGCGGCGCCGCGGCCACGGCCGUCAUCGACUGGGUGCACGUCUUUGACCUCGCCGACCUGUACGUGCGCUGCGUCGUCGAGGUGCUCGAGCGCGGCGGCGCGGGCCUGCCCUCGGGCCGCCGGGGCAUCGUGUUCCCCACGGCCGGGCGCACGCUGAUCCGCGACCUGGCCCGGCGGUGCGUCGAGGCGGCCCGCGCGGCCGGGCUGCUGGAGGAGGAGGGCGAGGAGGAGGAAGCAGCUGUGCGCACGGUAGACCUGGCCGAGGCCGCGACGACGUGCGGCGGCGACACGGCGGCGGCCGAGAGGAGGUGGGCGGGCCACAGGAAGACGGUGGGCACGGUGGCGCGGGAGCGCCUGGGCUGGAGGCCGGUCAUGGGCGACAAGGCCUGGCGGGCCGACUUUGAGGACGAGCUGCAGGCCGCGCUGGCGGGUAGGCGGGGCGUCGCCAUCGACGACAGCCGCGCCCCUGCGCGCGGAGGCCGGUCGGCCAUUCGCGUCUCCAACACCAUCACGGUGGAGUAG